CUAGUAUGCACAGGAAAAUGCCUGCAUAAGUAUCAGGGGGUUUGGGCAAUUUCUGAUCAGCUGCUGGAGACUUGUUUCAUCUUGACCUGCUUUGGCUUUUUCAGACAAUUUGAGGUUUUUGGCACAGGAUGAAGUCCAGUUUGCUUCACUUCUUCUUCUUGGUGUCUUUCAUUUCCUCUGACACUGCUGCCCCUCCCCCCGGCAUCAAAGUGCGAAUCACGGAAAAAGUGAAGGAUCUUGGUCUGAUGUACUUAAAGGGGCUGGUUAACCAGCAGUUCCAAAUAGAAAAAAAAGAUUUGCCAAUCAAAAGCGUGACCCUUACUAAACUACAAGUUGAUCCUACUCAGGUGGAUUUAAAAUUUCAGCAAAACAUUGGUCUCCAGUUUGAAAUCAAGGACCUGAACUUUGCUCUAGAACUUCAACGAGAAAAAAAUGUGCAUUUUUUUAAGGAGUUCAAGAUUGACAAAGGUACGACAAUCUUCACUGGAGAAGGUGUGAGAGCCAUGAUCCUAGUGAGAAUGAACCAAAACCCAAAAGGACACCUGAAUGUUGAAAUACGAAAAGAGGACUGCAAAAUCACUGCCGAUACCAUCAAAACAAAGUCCACUGGCUUCAUAGGGAAGGUUUUGGACUUAUUCAAAAGGCUGACCAAGCAUUUCUUCAAAAAGAAGAUCUGUCCUGCUCUUCAGCCUAUGAUAAAUAACAAGCUGAAGGACUUGUCCAUGAUAAAGACUGUGCAUGAAGGCCGCCAAUUAGACCUUGACUACUCCCUGAGCAGUGAUAUUGCAGUGACAUCGAGGAGCCUUGAUAUGUCUUUCAAGGGCUUAAUGUUUGUACACGGGAAGGAUGUGGACACUAAUUCAAUAAAGCCAGGCAUAGAACCAGUUUUCACAGAGACUAACCAUAUGGUCUAUGUGGGCAUCUCUGAGUUCUUCUUCAAUGGGGCCGCCAUGGCAAUCUACAAAUCGGGACCAUUUGAAGUUAAUGUUCCAAAGCUUGAAGGCCUGAGAAGCAUAGUUAAUGUUCUCCUCGGAGCUGUGGGAAUUCAACCGGGUCUUUUGAAAGUGAAGCUGACUGAGGCUCCAAUCAUUCAAAUCAGUAAGGCUGGACUCUCUGCCACUGUGGAUAUUGAAACACAAUCUGAGGGUCAACAAAGUGUUCAUGUGUCCUGCAAACUUGAUAUGAAUGUCAAAUUUGAAGCAAGCCGCCUCAUUCCGGUCGUUAAAACACCAAAAUGUAAUGUUGAAACUCAAAAGAUCAUUGGAAAAAUUGUGGUUGGUGCUGCUAAAGCCAUUUUGUACUUCGUGGACAAGUGGUUUUUUGAAGGAAUACCCAUCCCUCUUCCUAUUGACCUGAGCUUCAUUGAUGCAAAGCCCCAAUUUGAGGAAGGCUAUCUGGUGGUGGGAGGAAGCCUGAACUUUAUCCCUCUGCAGAGCAGCAGCAAUACUGGCGGAUAAACAACAAAGGCUGAAAUAUGGACUUCACGAUCCUCUGUUGUUCUUUAUGCUAGAUAUAAAUUCUGUGUUUAAACAGCUUAGACAGUUAAAUCUAUCAGAUUUACUGGAUAUACUGCACGUACUGCAUAUACUGCCUGUUUCUAUGAUUUUGUUUUUGUCUGCAAUAAAAGUUCCAGCA